AUGGCUGCUGGAAAUAUUUGCAUGAAGAGUAGAAAUAAGGAAAAUGAUUUUCCCUAUCUUCAAUCUGUAAGUUUGGAGAAAAUUGUGUAAAUCUUUUGUUAUAGAAAAUGUCAUUAAGUUAAUAUUAUUUCAUGAGUUCUAUCCUGCUUUUAAACUAAUGUAGCAAAGUUGUACUGUAGUCCAUAUGACGAGCAGCUAAUUAGCUUCAAAUUUUUUUGAGCAAUUUGCAUAAGUAUUUCAAUUGGUGAGAUAGCACAACUUCAAUUAACAAUGAAACUAAUUUUGAUUUGGGAAGAAAUGUGAAAUUCCUAGGAAGAAACAGUUCUUCCCUUGGGGCAAUGAUAUUCUUUUGCUAAAUUUCCUCUGCUACAGCUUAUUAUAAUUGAGAUUGUCUUAUUCUUUAGAUAUCAGCACCAGGCACAUCUGCACCAGAAGUAUCUGUGCCAGACGUACCUAAAAAAGGAAUCAGUGCAUUAACCAUUGUGGAUGUUGACACUUCAUGGUUCACUUGGACUAUCCCAUGUUUUCCUGUCAUGUCAGUUGACUUUGUCAGAGUGAAAGCAUCUAUUAAUGGUACCCAUGUGGAUUGUUUAAUAAAAAACGAUGCAAAUAUUCACCUUGGCGAAUUGUGUUGUACAUCAUAUUGUACAAUUUCUAUUGAAAAGAAGGAGUACACUGUUUUGUGGAAUUCACACAACCCGAAGUUGGCCGUGCACAGGUUUUACAUAAUAGUAUUAAUAUUGAAAGUGAUGACGAAAGCAAUAUGAAUGUCCAGCAUUCACUGCCAUUCAAAGUUCUGAGUACCUGCAAAUCUGUAGAGCGACAGAGUAUACUGGAGGAAGCUUACAACUACCUGAAUGAAUAUAAUCGGCCAGUUUUUGUUCAGCUUGAAAGGGAACCAGACAAUGCUCACGAAAAAAAAUGCUAUUGCUGUUUUUGUAAUGACCGAUAAUGAUUUUUAUAAAGUUGGUUAGAUUGCAAGUGAACUAACUCAGUAUGUACACCCAUGUUUAGAUGACCCUAGUUUUGAAGUUUCUGUGAAGAACAUUCGGUUUUCCACAACAUGGAUGAUGGUCAUUAUCAAGCUUAAUUGCUGUAGAACAAGGAUCAUCGGCUACAUCAAACAGAGAAGUAUCAUCGGCAUAUAGAAAAUUGCUGCUUUGAAGAUCACGCGUAAUAUCAUUUAUAUAAAUCAAAAAAAGCAAAGGGCCCAAAGCGGAACAGCGAGGAACGCCGGCUUCAAUUUGCAUCCAGUCCGAUGACUGACAAUCUAUUAUGACACGCUGCUUUCUUUCUGAUAAAUAACUUUUAAUCCAUUUAAGAAGAGGAUCUCUUACUCUCAAAGAUUCUAACCUACGGAGCAAUCCUUUGUGCCAAACUUUAUCAAAGGCCUUACUAAUAUCCAGCAAAAUCAUCCGAACCUCCUUGCCUUCUUCACGAGCCUCGUAAACUUUGUGUACAAUGAAAACAAGCUGAUUUACUGUCGAAUCUCCAGGUCGAAAACCAGAUUGAAAAGGAUCUAGAAAAUGAAUCUCAAGCAAAAAAUUAUAUAGCCUAAUAAAUACUAUUUUCUCGCAAACUUUCGACAAAGACGAUAAUAAAAAAACGGGACGAUAAUUCUCUUUCGAUUGGCGAUUAUCCUUUUUAAAAAUUGGUAUAGCAUUUGCCAAUUUCCAGCUAAGCGGAAAUUUUCCGUUAGAUAAGGAUAUAUUAAUAUCGCCAAUCAAAUCGUCUGUUAGCUAUAUCCCACUUAUAUUCUAAUAAUAGUUUAUACUGUUUACUUGUACACUUAUUCAAAGUAAUCAUGUGAUUUAAAGGUUUAUUCCUUCCCGAUAAACCGAAGAAAGUAAAACUAUAUAGUGAAACUGCAAUCGUCCACAAAAUAUAAUUUUUGAGAACUUUGAACUCAUUCCCCCUCCCCUUAUUUCAAUGUUGAAAGGCUAUUAUAUCUUUCAAAAUGGAACAUAACAUGCUGCUCGCGUUUCGUUCGAGGUCAUCUUGUGGCAAGUCUAUCCCAUUUGCAGUUGACGUUUAACAUAUAAUGUUUGAAUUAAACAAUAUUUUUGUACAAAACAACAUUGAAAUCGGGAGUGAGGUUUGUUUCAAAUAUUUUGUGGACGAUUGUCGGUAAUGUAAAGGUGCAAAGUGUUAUUGGGUUACCCCAAAAUACCCCAUUUGGGUUCCCCCAAACACCACCUUGGGUAUGCAAAUGAGUAACGUCGAGGAAGCUGUAUUUUUGUUUUAAAUGCUCAUGCAUUCGGCCACUUGAGAGCGAAAAAAUCAUAGUUAAAAAUAUUUUAAAAGAAAUAUGGAGCAAAGAUAUUGUACCACAUUUGCAAGCAAACUAUACAUGUAAACAAGGGCGAAUUUCGUUUUUGACCAAUCAGAGCAUUUGUUUACCUUUUGGCGCUAAGCCAAUCAGAACGCGUACAUUGUUACUACUUCCGGUUUAGACGCGUAUUUCAACACGAAAAUUACGGUUGUACAUAAAGCCUUGGGGGGGGGGGUCUGUUUUUUUAAUUUUUUGGACUUAUUUUAAUGAAAUCCUAUAAAUUUUAGUUUAGCUAUAUAAUUUUAGUUACCAAGCUGGAUCAGUAUGUUGACAGUGCUUUCAUACAAAUUAUUAUUCUGAUAAAUAUAAUUAAAUUAUUGAUCACGAUAAAUAUUAGUUUAGGUUCAUGCCAGGCAGGAAAUAAUAAAAUAUAUCAGUUUCAAGAAGUUAGAAUAAAAGCGCGAGAUGAAAGUGAGAUGUGAAAAAACUCAAAUAUCACCGCGUAUAAUUAACGUGUUAACUUGUUUUCGAACGCAUCCGGAAAUAAUAGCGAAAAAAAUUUAAAAACUGAUUACAAUUCCAAAGUCACCGGUUCUUGUUCACUUUAUGAAUGACUUCUCCCACACAGAAAGUAUGAAGAAAUUCUGUAAUCUUAAGAAAUUCGAGUGGUCGGUUUUUACACGGACUGCCUCUUAAAUCGGCUAUCGUCAGUUUCACUGGGUAACAAUAUACGGUAGGCAUGCAUGCUCAAUCAAAAACAAUUUGGUUGUUUGAAAUUUUAAUCUGUAAAGCACAAUUGGAAAUUUAAAAAGCAAAAAUUUUUUCUGUUUGCAAAGCAAGAAUUUCCCGCCAGAUAAACGACAUCCGGAACACCGGUUCAUGCAGAUACGCGGAAAAUAGGGACCACGGUCCGGAUAUAUAUGGGUUUUUACGGACCGCUUCUCGACCAGUCAGAAUAGAGAAUUUUCAAAAGCCCUAUAAUAAUAGAAAUUACGUUAAUGAUUUAUUAAAGUAAGCUUGUUGUCAAAGGUGAAAUAUACUUAACUAUCUGAGGGAUAACUAUUUAAAAAUUUAUCUGCAGAUACGAACUAUUAUAAUAGUAAACCAUGCAUAUAUGAAUGUGACUGUUGAAGCGGUCCUGCAAUAUAAUGGCAAACUUAACAUUAUGAAAACAAUAAAAAUUUAAGCUAUACAUUUAGACUUUGCCCUCUGUUGUUGCCGAGUCGUACGUCUUAUCAUUGAUGCUUAUGUCUGCUGUAAACAAAGCUUUUAACUACUCUGCCAUAAACAACAGUCGACAUGUUCACACAAUGGACUAAUUACACUAUAGUAUCUCGUAUAUUUCUUUCGGGUUCCGAUUGAGAAAUAUACAACUACCUGAAAAAGACAUUUUCAGGCAGCUGUUUCUCUGGCAAUGGAAACGUAGAGGUUUUGCUAGUAUUUUCCAUGUAGUUAUAGUAUUUAUCUCAAUCUGCUGAUACAAAAUAUACUGAAAUUCGAAAAUAGAAUGAAAAUUGCUUUUCAGUUAGUCGAAGAGUUAUUAAACAAUGAAUUUCGCCGUGUGAAAAAUCUGAAAACCGCGCAAAAGAGACUGGGACGAAACAUUGCGUGUGACGUAAUAGUAUAGGGACUCGUCUAGCUUACUAAUAUACAAAUACUAUUGCAUGUACUAUCAUAGAGAAGGCAAUAGCGCUUAAAGUCGCGGUACUGAAAAACUGCUAAUCAGCGCGCGGCGCCAUCCCUUUCUGACGUUAUACGGCGAGGGGGGGGGGAGGUUAUAUACUGGAGACUUUCACUAAGGCCUUCCUAUUGAUUAAUUCAGCUCCAUCUGUUACAGUAUAUUUCAACAUAUUUCAUUCAAUGUUAUUCCAAUUGUUUCCGUUAAUACUGUAUUGACUGUAUUAGUAGUGAUAGUAUUAGUAUUAUAUUGUACAUUAGCCUAACAAUUAAUUCCCCUCAUGCAUCAUGGGACAAAUGGACAUUGGGUAUCAUUCUUUAAGAGAAAUAUUUUUUUACCCCUAGAAUAAUAAAUAUCCUGUUUUAUCAACCACUCCCGCACCGAUAACACAAACCUCACCAAUUACAGGUAAGCUUCGUACGAUGCCUAUACUUUAAAAGCAACACAAUACUAUCAGGUUCUAGAAGCAAAAAACAAUGGCGAAGCUAGCGGUCAUACUAGUCAUGCUUAGCAUGCCAAAAAAAUUCCAAAACCAAUGAAAAUAUGCAUUAUACUUCUUGUCUUCUUGCAAUAAAUAUGGCUUAUAAUAGAUUUCGUAUGAAAUUCUGUAUAACAGCCCUAGUUUACGGUGAUUUUCGCCUUCAAUAAUAUAAAACUCGAUUUUCCGGCAUCAAGCCUUGUGACGUCAUAAGUAUAAGGUCUAUUAAGAGACGACAGGAUCAAACUACCUGAAUAAUAUAACAAAAUGAAAUGCAGUAUUUGUUAUAUUUUCAAGUAUCGUGAUCAUGUAUUUCCUGAAAUAUAGUUUGAAAUUUAUAAGGAUAACAUUUUUUCACUGAUGAGAUUCGGAAGUACAGAAAAUUUUGAUGAAACAAAGAAAAAUGGGUAACAAACAUUGUAAUUAAUCUAAAGAUUCUGCCCAUUAUCGUUUCCCUUCACUCCUCAUAAAGAUAAACUACACGAUAAAUAUAAUUUGCUCCUAUAGGUCCAAGCUCAUGCCAGGGAAUAAAAGAUAUUGAUUUGAAUGAACAUGAUGGAGAGUAUAACCUUUACUUGAUGUUGCCAAAAUGCAAUCAAUCUGCAAGGAUCUAUUGCGCAGAUAUGGAUACUACAAAUCCCAAAGAAUAUGUUACAUUGCCAGCUGGAGGGAGCAAUAACUUUGAUCUUCAAUACAAUUUAAUGGCGGAAUACCGAAAUGAAGAACAGUGGACAUAUUUUGGAAAGGUGUUUAUUACUUAGCACAAGCAUUCUGAAUAUCUUCUACAUCAUGAAAUGGUGUACUCGUUGCAGCUCGUUCUGUAAACGUUGAUUAAUUAGCGUAAAUGAUAGCACCAUUUUUUUGUUAUGGAAACACUAAGUAUAUACACGCGACAAGUUUAUUGAACCACCUGUGAAACUGUUGCGAGUAAAUAUUAACGAUAGACGAGUGUAUACUUGCUAUUACCCUAACACAGAAUGAAGUUACAACACUUCUGAGGACUUUUUAGUACUUUGUUGCUGGCGUAAUUGUAGCAAUGCCCACAAAUUUAGAGUGGUUAGGUUUCUUGCAAUUGUGCGCUUUUAACUACGUAAGGACAUAUAUCGAUAGGGAAUGACAUAUAUCGAUACGACACAUCGAUAUCGAUAGCACUGUGGCUAGACACACUCUCUUGGUGUCCGAUGUACCGAAUAUUGAAAUCUCGAGGCUCCAAAAUCUUAUUUUCUGCGUUUUGGGGAAGAUUUGCCUUACAGAAAGCAGGUCAACUAGUUCAGAAUUUUGCAUUUCAGCCAGCGAGGUAUCUGACUCUUCCAUAAUGCGUAGUAAAACUACGCCUCCCCUUCCCCUAAAUGUGCUUGGGGAUAUUGCUCAUUUGUUGGGUAUUCUCCUAAAAUGUGUUCAGCAAAACAUGCAUGAUUUUUACUUCCGUAAGGAAAUAAAUGAGUUACAGUGAAGUUAUGCUUUUAUCAUAAUUUGCCGGAAAGUAGUCCUCUUCAAGCAAUUUGAUUGGUUGCUUAGCGCGUCCAGAUUUUCUUGCACUGUUCGAAUUAAGUCGGACAUGAACAAAAUGGCUUCCCGUUUCGUUCCGGUUACCGACGAGCAAAUUUUAAUUAAACGAUGCUGUGGUUUCGCCAAACACGAACAAAGUCACAAAAUUUUGUUGAACAUGCAGUGUCAGCAGGCCUUCUUUAUUUUAUUUUAUUUUAUUUUAUUUUAUUUUAUUUUAUUUUAUUUUAUUUUAUUUUAUUUUAUUUUAUUUUAUUUUAUUUUAUUUUAUUUUAUUUUAUUUUAUUUUAUUUUAUUUUAUUUUAUUUUAUUUUAUUUUAUUUUAUUUUACAGAUUUUGCCAUUUAACACAAACUAUUACACAAAAUUAGUUACACAAUAGAUUACAUGGCUGGAAUUACCACACAGAGAUUAGUUCUCCAAUAACGAGGUUCCAAGACAUUCGAAAUACACAGUAUGAACAAUAACAGCUUGCAGACCGACAAACAAACAGACAGACGUGAAGAACAACAAACAAGCACAACGAAUUACAAUCAACGACUUACAAUUUUUGUGACAAUAAAUUUAACAACAAGCUCGAUUCGAUAAGUUAGUCACACACAAACAAACUUAAAUGUUCUCGGAUCCUCAGGUGAGAUCCUUAUAAUGUUGCAUUAAAAAAAAUUGGAAAGAGACCACGGUUUUGUUGGAUUCUCUGAUCAAACAGGGGAGUGUAUUCCACACGUUGGCAACUCUGACGUAGAAGCUGUUUUGGUAGCUCACUGUCUUGCACUUGGCUACUUCAAGUAAGAUACCAUUGGUUGCAUUAGUACUUCGUGUUUCUCGAGUAGGAAUCUUGAUAGAAAUGUUACUGUCAGAGUUGGAAAUGAUGCACUUGUAGAGAUACACUUGAUCUAGACACUCAUGGCAGUAACAUAUAGGGAUGAUGCCGAUGGUGGUCAGUCUUUCCUGGUAUGAUAUAUCGGUUUGGUACGGCAAUGACAAAAUAAAUUUGGUGGCACGUAGCUGCACACGUUCAACGGUCAAGAUGUUGUUUACCGUCUGGGGUGCCCAUACCUGACUACCAUAAGCCAGUUGACUACGAACCAUAGUCAAAUAAAGUACCUUACGAACUCUACGCUGGCGAAUGUCGAAAGCCGUUCGCUUUACGAAACCUAACAUUUUAUUUGCUUUGGUCUUUAAAACUAUUUGCAAUGAAUAAAAUUACAAAAUUACCAAAAGCAUGCAAAUACUUUUUUGUUUACUGAUUGCAAUUUUACGGGAGCUUUUAAAGAUAUUUUUGCUGCUCAAUGCUUCGCCUCUUGGGGAAUAUCCUUACAAUAGUUGUUAAAUAUUGUUUACUUAAAGGGAACUUUACGUGGUGCGUGUACAAAACUCAAUUCUCGGGGAAGGGAGGGGGGGGGGGUCACAAAGAGGGACUUUGGGACAUUUUUCCACGGUCCACGGAGUAUUUAUUUUAGAAGAGGCCCUGGCAUACUUCAGCUAAACGCUGGAUUCCCUCCAUAUUAAACUUUUUUUUAUUUAAUUUUUCUCUUUAUUUACUUUUAGAUUCGUCUUAAUGUCAAUGACAUGUCAGUAGAUACAACUGACUUCAGGUUCGCUACAGCAGGCGCAGCAAACGUGUUUCAUCGCUUUGGAAGUGCUGGGGACUGUCUUUCAAUGAAUUGUUCCGUAGAUCACAGAAAAGGAAAUUUCAAAGUUGGUAUAAGUGGUACAAAUUUUCUCUUACCAAAGGCCAUUCCUUAUUUGUAUAUAGGUUAUCCAGAAUGUGUUAGAGGUGUACACAAGACAUCGAUGAGCUCUGAUCGUAGACAGUGGUCGGGAUACUGCGGGGGAUUUUGCGAAAACUGCUGGCCUACUAAACCAUUUCUUCUUCUGGUUAAAGGAUGUUAA